GGGUCCAAUCAUUUCCUCUCUCUCUUUUCUUGUCUGUUCUUUUUUUCUCCCCCCCUCCCUGACACCGUGGCCCACUUCUUUCUUCCCCUUCUCCUCCUUUCUCCUUUUCUUCCUCUCCCUGUCUCCAGUCUGUCAUGGCAUCUCCGCGGCUGGAGACUUUCUGCUGCCCGAACAGAGACGCUGCGUCCGAGUUCGUGGUCACUUUCCAGCCCACGUUGUUCGGGGCUUUGAGUCUGGGCAGUGCGAGUAUCAGCCUCAUUUUCGCUAUUUUACAAAUUUUGCCAAAACGGAAAGGAUACAGAAGACUGGGACAGUAUCCUCUGCCCAGGCCUGCCUCUUCCUCCCGGAUCCUCCUCAUUGUCAGCAUAUGUGACAUUCUGGGAUGCGCAGGUAAGAAGAAACCACUUUUAAAAUCCUGUUUUUUACUCUAAAACCGGGGAAAACAUGGUGUUUAGCUCGCUAAAUAUGGACCUAAUUAUGAACAAGAAUGUGUUUCAUUACACCCCUUUGUUGCUCUGCUUUUUUAAAAGCAGAGAGAAGUCUAAAAAAGAUUUGUAAAGCUGUGAAAAAAAGUAAUUCAACUUGAAAAAAAGGAGUUUUCCAUUCUAGUAAAUCCCCUUCAAAUGGGUUUGUUGGCUGAUAUUUCAUUUUAAAAUCUCCUGUUUUGAUUAGAAAUUCGAAUUUGAGUCAAUAAUAAGUUUUAAAAGUUUGUCCAAAGAGAUUCAGUCAGUAUGACUCUAAAGCUGCUUAUUACAAAACCAUAGAUGAAUCAUGAACUUCUCACGUGGGUAACAGCACGAGCCACAAUAACUGCCAGACUAUUUCUGUAUUUCUCUUCAAAGGAAACCAAUGGUUACGCACUCAUUUGUGCAGACACUUCACACAUCACUUUUGCAUCUGCACUUGACAGCAAGGGGAUCUUUAACAUCUUGAAAUAAAUACAUGACACUGUUUAAAAUGAAAAACAUUAUUUUGUCUGCAUCAUAUCAGUUCUGUGUGAGGUGAAAGUGGAAUAAAAAACACUCACACCCGAUCGCCAUUUUUGUUUCCACACAAUCAAACCACUCCAAGGUCUCAAGGACUGAAUCUAUUUAAUUAACACACUUGCUGUGGUUUAUUUUGUAAUUUCAUAUCCCCUGUUUUCAAUUGAGUCUCCAUUAUUUCCUCUCAUCCGCACAUUAAAAAAUCAUGUGCUGUUUUUCCUCUUUCAGGCAUCAUCGUGAGGUCGUCUGUUUGGCUGGGCCUGCCAAACAUCAUUAAAGAAAUCUCUAUAACAAACAACACUGAUGUCUGGCCAGAGGUCUUCUGUGUGGGUAGUGCGGUAUGUGUGCUACACUUUGACUAAGCUUCACCUGGUCACACAAUACGCCUUUAUAUACAGUAUGCAAAUGCACAGCAUAUACGCUGAAGUUUAAGCGUGGAUUUAUGACCCUGAGCUGACCAUACAGGAAAACAAACUGCAUUUUGUUUACAGUAAAUCAUGCAUGAUCCCAGAAAAUCCAGAUUCCUUGGUUAAAAGCGAUGAUUAGUUCCAAUGAAUAGGAAGCAUUCACAACGGUCACAGAUAAUACUUGAAAACAAGCCACAUUUGCUUUAGAGGAUUAUAUUUAUGACCUGUACUGUGAAAAUAUCCUGUCAAUUAUUCUGUUACAGCUCUGGAUCCAGUUAUUUUUCAGCGCUUCCUUCUGGUGGACCUUUUGUUAUGCUGUUGACGUCUUUCUGGUGGUGAAAACAUCUGCAGGAAUCAGGUGCUUUGAACAUCACCUUGAUCUUUACAACAACUCAUUUAAACCCUCAGAUAGCUGUAAAGCCCACUCCUAAAAUGUAUGCAUGCAUAUCAAAAACAGUCUCAGUGAUUUGUCGCAGAGGAAGCACUAACUUUUGCUGCAUUAAACGGUCUUUUUCCGCCUUAGCCUGAUUUUUUAUUCUCUUUUUUUUAGGCUUCAAAGGCUUCACACUUUUUCCCUCCCCAGCCUUUGUAAAGCAUUUGUUUGCUGCACGAUAAAAGAAAGAUACAGAGCUGCAGCAUGUGUUAUGAGCGCAGUCCCAUGACCUGUUUCUUUUCCCCAUCAGCACCAUUAUCCUCUACCACAUGAUUACAUGGGGUCUGGCUGUGCUGCUGUGUGUCGAAGGAGUGGCCAUGCUCUACUACCCGUCUAUCUCAGAGUAAGAAUGUUUGGUGUCUUAAUAGAUACACACAGAAAAAAAUAUAUAUCUUUUAGCUUCAGAUAAAACAAAUAGCCAAAUAAUCUAUAAAUUACAUGUGAUAAACUGUUCCAGACAUGAUUGCCUGACUCUUUUCAUUUGUUGUGUUUUUCCUUUAGUUGUGAGCAAGGCCUGGAGCACGCCAUCCCUCACUAUGUCACCACAUACGCUCCUAUGGUGCUCGUCCUUGUAGCCAAUCCUAUCUUCUUCAACCGAACCAUAUCUGCAGGUCAGUCCCUCACCUUCAAAUCUCUCUGUGAAACUCCUUAUCACACAUGCACACAGGAUACACUAAGCAAGUCUCUCUCUCUGUCAAAUACAGUGACAUCCUUGCUAAAAGGACGACAAGGAAUCUACACAGAAAACGAGAGACGGCUGGCCAAUGAGAUCACGAUACGCUUCUUUAAAAUAAUGCUGGUGUUUUUUAUUUGGUAAGUUAAUAUUUUUUUAAUUCUAAAAAUAAGUAUAAUUUUACAUUUCAGGAUCACUCUCAUAUGGUUAAUUGUGAGGAGUCAUGUGAGAGGAUUCAACACCACUGUCAUGUGAAGAUAUGAGGGGGCUAGAUAGCGGAAAGCACAAAGACAAGAAACAAGGAAGCAGUUACUUUAGCUGCCUCCAAAGUGAUCAAAAUCCCUCAAAUGGAUCACUUAAAUGGAGUUAUUCCCACAUGUUAUUUUGUCCGUGGAAUUAAUAUGAAAACCAAAGCAUUAAAACAACAUUUGAGGUUUUACAGAUUGCUUUAUAUCAGAUUUCUGUUUUAGCCAGGAGCAGUAAAUGCUUGUUGUCUGCCAAAUUAGCUGUGACAACUGAAGGAAGAUGCUGUGGCUCUGAGAUUCCUACACAAUAAAGCUAUUGUGUCACCUAUUCAGAUAAUUAUAUUGAAGUAGUAUUGAAAACAUGCAUUCUUGAAAUACUUGUGGCAGAUUCUUUAUUCAGGCUUUAUCAAAGGUGAAGAGUCACGUUGAGCUCUUGUAUCAAACCUAAAAGAACUAAGCAUUACAACACCAUGCAGUGAGCUGCUCUGGUUGUAGAUGACUUGUUGUAGUUGGAAAAUAAACAGGCUAAAACUCAGGCCUGGCCUUGUGUUUUCCACUAUUAAGUUGUUUGAGCUUUGACAUUUUUCAUCGGUCACUCCCACAGUAGUGUAAUUUUUGCAGUAAUGUGACCCUCACAAGGCAAACCCAUGAAAACUCAUAAGUGCCAGUCCUCAUAACUGGUCAAUGAAUGAGUAAUUGUUUUCCUCAGAGAGGAUUUAUAGGCUGUAGAUUUUUUUGUAAGAUAAUAUGGUUUGUUUCUUUUUUUUAUUUGAGUGGAAAGAAGACGAUUUAUGAAGUUUAUUUUGGUAGGCAUCAAUGAUUUCUCCCAGAAGUGAACCCAUAGAACAGAGGUUACAAAAUGAAAUACAAUGAGAGACUAAACAGGUGCAGACUGAAGCCAAAGCUUAUUUCAAUAACUCAUGCUAUGUUGGCAACCCUUACCUAAUAAUCUAAGGACAAUAUCACAUAAAAAUCUUUAAAUAUUUUAUACAUAAAUUACCAACAAGCAGACACACGUGAAGCAAAGAACCAAAACAGUUCUGUCAAACCAAGCAGCAGGACAAGUCAACCUUAGUGUGAAGUCAAACAUAGUUAAACCCUCUGAAUGGAAUAAACAGUUUGGGGCCAAGAAGUGAACUUUGUGGGAUUCCACAACUAACUUGUCUGAUUUUAUAUUUUUUGGGGGGGUUGUAUUGAUAUCUCUAUCAAUGUAUGCCAACCCCUGAUUCUAGCUGUGUGUUACCUGUUUUUUUAGUAUGCCAUGAUCAGUGAUUACAUUAAAACUCCUGUUUUUUUCUCUGGUGCUUCAGCUGGGUCCCAAACAUCAUCAACGAAUGCCUCCUCUUCUACCUGGAGGUGCAGGCAGACAUCAACGACAACCGGUUCAGGAAUAUCAGAAAUGCAGCCCUCAUCACGUGGUUCAUCAUGGUGGGUUUAAAAACAGAGUAAAUCACUGUAGUUUAUUCAGUGUCCAAACUCUUACAACCUUCUGUUUUUACUCUCUCAGGGCAUCUUGAACCCCAUGCAAGCUUUUCUCAACACUCUGGCCUUCCAUGGCUGGACGGGCUUCGACGUGGACCUCAGCCUGCAGAGGAGGAGGGAGCUCGCCUGGGACUCAGUUUCUACUUCAGCUCCCAAUGCAGCAGGACACAACCCCAUGGUGGGGACCACUCUGCUCUACCAGAGUCACAUCCAGGAUGCCAAAAAAAACCUGAUGGGUAAUGGACAGCACAACUCAGACGCCAUCAGUGUUCUCUCAGAAGGUAAUCCGGCUUACAAUGGCAGUAACAGCUCGCCUGUUUAUCAGGGCUGGUGAAGCUCUAAAGCUGACAAUACUGGACUGCAUCUUGUUAAGAAGGCAAAAUAAGCUCCAACUGUCCAAAGACAUGUUUGUUUGUUUGUUUGUUUUUUAUUUUGUUUUUGAGGCGGAGACAAUUUUUUUUGUUACCUUGUUAUUGAAGCGCCAAAGCUCUAAAGAUGUUCACCUGCAAGUGGGCUGAUUGCAGCACUAUCAGGAUGAGAGUGCACAGUGCAGCUCUGUAGUGAUGCUUAACCAUCAGACACAAAUCAAGACAUAAGGAGUUGAAAACUUUUGUGUCCUUCAGUACUUAAAUAGUAAUGCAAUAUGUUUUGUGAAUUGGAUUUUGAGACUGUUCAUGGAGGGUUAAUGCGAAUUUUCUUUCUGUUAUUUCUAUUUUUAGCGAAUUUGCCCCUUAGUUGCUAGUUUGUUAGCUUCACCAAGAUAUUGCUGAUGCAGUCAAAUACCAUCAUAUAGAGAUGGGCACUCAUAAAAGGUGUCAUUUUCCUUUUCUUUUGGCUACAUUAGACAGUUGUUAGAUCAACUUGAGUUUGAAUAAAGGCUAAAUUUGUGAGCGUGCCCUGUUUAUAGCAAGUGUUGUUCUAAAUACUGUAUGUUGGUGAUGGACAAUGUGGCAGUGGAAAUUUAAGACAAAUCUCUCAGAAUAACAAUCCGAAGUACAGUUAAUUACAUGACUGUUGUAUUAGAAAUGUUAAGAUGUAGCUAGGUGUACAAUGUAAACUUUCAAGUGAGGAUUAACCCUCCUGGAAAAGUCAAUUUUAUACACUUUUAUCACACUGAGUGAUUGAUAGCAUGGCUUUCUCACAGCUGGGAUUUUUAUUUGUAGCAUAAGCCAAAGUUAAGGCAUAAAUGAAAAUCCAUGGCAUCUUGAUUUCAAAUAGCUGCUUCAGUUUAAGAGCGGAUGACAGUCACUGAUGGUGUCAAACCUUUCCUCCCCAACUAAAAACAUCUGCUGUGAAAAUGCAUCAGUUCCUUUAAAUGUAUUUUGGGAUGUAAAGCAGUGGACAGACUUUGUUUGUGCAUCGUAAAGAUCUUGUACUAAGGUUACAGUUCACUUUUUUUAAUGUAACCAGUCAGUGUAUCUGAAAUGACAAUUUUUUAAAAAUAAAAUAAACCUUUCAAAGGAUUUAUGUUUUUUUUCAUUCAUUUUUAUAGACUCCACUCUAGUUUUAGGUGAAUGCAGGUCUACAUUAGAUAAUAUCAGAUUUGAUUUUUAUAUUAAAUUAAUUAAUUUUCAAGAAGCUUACAUUAGUAUUCCCAAAAUACAUUUGAUCAAAGCACAUGUAUGAAGAGUAUAUGAAUACAGUGGGAUCAUCUCAUUGGUGUCAUGUGCAGUAAUCUACCCCUAUUUUGUCUUGCUAGGUUCAGAGUCUAGUACAGUUGAAAUCCACAUAUCCGGCGAGCUGCGAGACUAUGAGGAUGUAGACGCAGACGGAGAAUCCUUGGAGAACUCUGUGAAGCACUAGCUGGGGGGCAUCAAGAACCCGCCUCCCUACGUUUUUCUUAUGUGACAUUGUUCUUCUGUGUUAGAUUGUGUCCUCUUAUCCUCUGUUGUACGGUUGAGAUUUCCCUGGAUAUAAAUUGGUCAUGAGAUUUUUCUAGCAAAGACAGAAUCCAUGUAAUUCUUGAUUCAAAGUAUUAUAUUUCUCCUUAAGCUUUUUUUAAUCUGUCUGCACUGCGGUACAGUGGAGUGCUACACUACAAAGCCGUGACUGUGCUGCAGCUCAAUGCAAACAGUCAACAGAACAAAUGUGAUAUAUUCCUACGGAUAACUCAGUGGCUGACAUUUAAAGUGCCUCAAAUGUUAGAAGGUAAAACUCCUCUUGGCUGAUUCACUGGAUUAGAUGUGCACCAGUGUUGUGUCAUGCAGAUUAAGCUCCCAGUGCACAACAAUAAGCUCAUUAGUGUGUUUUUAUAAGCUGAUGUAUCUCUAACUGUCCCUCUUGUAUUUUGCACAUUUUGUACAAUAUUAAAUAUCAAAAUAUUUCUUAA